CAUUCCAUUCCACUCCACGCUCUCUCCAACGCAGGCGAUGGCGUCGCCGUCGUGCGCCUCCACCCUCGCCUGGAGCUCCGCCUCCCCCGCCCCCUCCUCGCGCCGUCGUGCCCCGUCGCUCGUCAUCGUCGCCCAGGGCAAGGUCAAGAAGUAUCGCCAGGUCAUACUGACAGAUGACAUAGCAGAGGUGGGGAGGAAAGGGGACACGCUGAAAGUGAGAGCCGGUUUCUACCGCAACUUCCUUCUGCCCAAGGGCAAGGCACAGCUUCUCACCCCCGAAGUCCUCAAGGAAAUGCAACUAGAACAAGAGAGAAUAGAAGCUGAAAAGAAGAGAGUAAAAGAGGAGGCACAACAACUUGCCCGAGUUUUUGAAACUAUUGGGGCUUUCAAAGUGCCACGUAAAGGUGGGAAAGGAAAACAGAUAUUCGGAAGUGUCACGGCACAAGAUCUUGUUGACAUAAUAAAGUCACAACUUAAUAGGGAUGUCGACAAGCGUCUCGUAACAGUGCCAGAAAUUCGUGAAAUUGGGGAAUACGUUGCAGAGAUUAAGCUUCACCCUGAUGUCACAGCUCAAGUAAGGCUGACUGUGUAUGCAAAAUAAGUCCUCCAGUCGCCGAUGAAACCUUUAGUGGAUGCAUGGUGGGCUUUGGGUGAAGUCUGAUUCUCACCAGAGAUUUUGCUGAAACUCCAAGGAGUAGUGUCAGAACACAGGGCGUGGUUCUUUAUCCAUGGACUCUGUCCAUCCACAUGUAAAGUCAGUUUCUUGCACAUUUUCUUUUGACAAAUUUAUUUGUAUUAAUGUUAUGGGGUUAAAUGGGCAUGAUGUAAAGAACGACAGGUUCACAAUCCAGAGCAAUUGAUACUUAUUGUAAUCUUGUUUAAAGGUGCACCUUUUUUAUAGUUAUAAUCAUA